GGCCACUCCGCAUGUCGCAGAAGUUAUACGCUUGACGACGGUUUGUGAUUGCGACAAAUAUUUACGACCUAUUUCAACAAACCACUUUACGACUGUAUCGGGGGCUGCUUCAAAAUGGAGUAAGCUUGUUGAAUCGUAAACAGUCCUUAGCAUUGUGUGCAAUUGAGCUCAAACGAUCCAUGUGCACAAGGAAACGCAUAGCCCUACAUAAUGGCAGAAGAAAAGAAGAGCGGCUCUUUAGGCUUCUUUUCAAGUUACGAUGAUUUGAGCGACAGUAGCGACUCGGACGAGGAGACGGGGCACCGCCGGAGGGAUCCCAGCCAGAAACCAGAGACAGAAGCAAAGGGAAGUGGGGCGAUCUCUUCCCAGCAAGAAAGCAAAGGAGAAGCCGGCGAAAAGCGGUUGCCUAAGCCCGACGAGCUCUUUAACUCGGUGUCCAAACCAGCGUUUCUCUACAAUCCUCUCAACAAGGAGAUUGACUGGGAUAACUUGGCGGUUAAAGCUCCAGAAGAGGCUCCCAGGGAAUUUAAGCCUUGGAUGACAAAUGCUGUACCCCCUCCCCAAAGCUAUGUAGCAGCAGAGCCAGAGAUGCAGAAGAAGAAGAAGGGACCUCCCCCAGGCAUGGACAUGGCUAUAAAGUGGUCCAAUGUGUAUGAGGACAACGGUGAAGAUGCACCAAAGGCUCAAACAGAAAAAGCCCAGUUUCUUCCUCCGGAAGAGCAACAUGUUGAAUCGGAUGAGGAGUCCAAGACGUCACCAUCAGCCAAGAAACGUCGGGUGGAGACUUUCCAGCAAAAGGAGAAGAGGAAGAGAGACAUGGGACAAGCCACUUCUGACAAGAGUUUUGUUGAAGAGGAAAAAAGAAUCCUCAGACAAAAGAUUGAGUGAAAUCAAAAGUUGCUCCAAAAUACAAUUAGCUGUACGUAUAUAGUAUUUUGUCCGUUUACUUUUUACGUGUCAUUACUAAAUCACGUUGAAAGCAAGUUAAGUGUAAAGCUUUUGAGUAAAACUGGACAAGUGUCUGUUCAGUCAUGUA